ACUUCUAGCUGAUCUCUCCCAUCAUGAAAGCCUGCGUACUUCUGGCGCUCCUCGGCACUGCCUACGCGGCAGCGACUUUGAGUCCCCUGUGUGAAUUGGAGCUGGACAAAGGCGAAUGCGGGCGUAGCCAGCAGAAGUGGGGGUUCAACAACUCCACUGGCAAAUGCGAGCUGUUCUCCUACAGUGGCUGUGGCGGCAAUGACAACAGAUUUGAUGAGAAGUACGCUUGCGAGCGCGCAUGCAUUGAUGCACAAGCGGGGAUGCACAGCGUCUGUUUUCGGCCUCCUCAGCGUGGUCCAUGCGUGGGGAGUUUUCAGCGAUACUACUAUGACAACAGCACGCAGUCUUGUCACCCCUUUGUCUACGGAGGCUGCCAAAGCAACGGCAACAACUUCGAAUCAUACGUUUCUUGCAUGAAAGUUUGCAAACUUCCUUAACUCGUGCAGUCAUUGAUGUAGUUUUUGUAGGCAUGAUGCACAAGUCGUACGGAGACC